CAAUGCUUGGAUAAACUUCGCCCUAAUACAAACGUUUGUGUGACAAGUCAGUAAGGAUGGACGACAUCGAAAACAUGCGGCUGCCUAAGUGACUUUGAGAAAAUAUAGAGCAAAUGUAAACAAUAGCAGCAAGUAUGGCAGCUAGCAAGACAGAGAAAAUACGAUCUAUUUUCCAAAGAUGCCAAAGAUUGAUACGUGCUGGAGGGUUACCAGAAUCAGAAAAGCCUUUGUGGUAUGAUGUGUAUGCAGCUUUUCCACCAGCCGUUGAACCAUUGUAUAAUAGACCAGUUCCCACAAAAAGAAUUCGCAGCAUCCUGUACCCAGAGGACUUGGUUCGCGCGAGAUACUAUAAGGAAAUCUACGAUACUGACCUGGUAGACAUGAAAAAUGAACAGAAACCAACUACAUCACAAAGGUUUGUCGAUAAAUAUUUUGAGUUAAGGAAAACUGACUGCAAUAAUCCUGACCUGUUUGCUGCUACAGUUGAUGCAUUAAGAGACGACGGACUUAAAUUAACUACAUGGAAGGAAAGAGAAAGCUUUAGUCAGUCACACUCCGUGGAAGAAUAUGUAUCAAGAAAACCAUUCUACACAGCAGAGGAAGUGUUUGGUGAAUUUACCAUUGACAGACAAGCAAAGAAUGCGGACUCCAGGGCAGAUGACAUGGAUAUAGACAAUUUAGCAGCAGAUUUGUUUGACUGAUCCAGAGUCCCAUAGGUGUGGUCAUGCAUCUGUUGGUGUGGAAGACAUUUGUAAAUGUGUAGGAAUUUUUAUAGGUGAAAAUGUGUGUAUAUGAUGAUUUAAGUGAAAAGAGCAAAUGCUGUUUGUCAAUGUAAACUGCAGAAGUUUCAUUAUUCUUUCAAAUAUUUUACUGCAGAAUAAUAAAACAAAAUGUGUAUUAAACUUG